AAUUUCUGUCAAAACUGGAAAAAGUAGUAGUAAUAGUAGUCUGUCAGCAGUUUGAAAACAACAACAGCAACAAAAUGUCCCUUUAUCUCCAUGCAGUCCUUCUGGACAUAGUCACCUUCAUCAGAGAAGAUCUGGACCUGUAUUGUCAAGAUAUACACCACACUAGUCUGGGAAAAACAUCAAUUCACAUCAAAUUUUACUCCUCUGUUUUAAAGCUUUGUGAGGUUGUUCAAGUUCAAAGUGAUGCAAAUCACCACUGGAGAAAGAGUUAACAUGCUCUUCCCUCUCCAAUUCCUGUUUUCCAGCUAUAGAACCAGGAGCAGGUGUGCAAUACAAUUAAUUUUUGUAAUGAACUGUCAACAAUUGUUGGACAAAACAUGUUUGUGAAUGAUGGCACAAACUCACCUCUGUUUGUCUCUCUGUCUCCUGUGGGUAUGCAUUACCAUCUGGACACAACUGGAAAUAUUAUCCAUUAUUCAAUAUUAUUCAAUAUUAUUCCCAAGUAAUAGAAAACUGCAUUGUCUAGAAAUAUCUCAAUCCUUGGAGGAAAACUGUGCAAUCGUCCCAGGUAAGGAAACAGUAAUAACAAGCCAGCAGGGGUCAGCUGGCUGGCAGAUACUGAAAUCUGUCCAGUAAAUAUGCUGAUUGUGGCAAAUGCCAUUAGGACACCUGAACUAACAUUUCACAUCUAUAGAACAACUGCAUAUGGAUUACCAGAGCACUCUCCUCUUCAGUGUCCUGUCAGAGAACAGCGAAUAUUGACACAUUUGACACAUUAUUGACACACUGACCUAAUGGCUAAACCCUCUGCAAUCAUUUCCGUCAAGUUAGGCUGAAAUUCAGAGCAUGUAAAGUUAUCAAACGUUUAGAUUUCACUUGACUAUUUACAAUGAAACUGUGUGAGGGUUGCCACUGCCACUCUCCUUAAUGACACCUAAUCGUCUAAAAUAUAAGCUAACUCAUUGCAGCCCUACAUACCUCUGUGUAAUGCAUUUCAUAGGGACAACAUAUAAAUAUAACAUCAGUAUGACAUCAUAAAUUAUAGGCCUCUAAUAAACCCAUUAAAAUGAAAUGCUAAGGUGCCACCACAGGAAACAGAUAUUAAGUAAGAUUAAACCAUCAUGAAGUAGAGAUACAGUAUAUUAUCAAUUCCUAUUGGAAUAUUAUAGUUGAUAAUGUUUUUUUGUUAUACAUGUUAGACUGGCCUAAUGUCAAUCACUUGACAAGUCCCACCCCAUCCCAAUCCAGACUGAGGUUUUGGUCGAGUGUCUUGUUGCUAUAGCAACUGCUGACCCAAACACAAAAAAUUAUGUAACCUUUAAAGCCUCGCGUGAAUGCUACCAUUUAUCUAAAUACUAUGUAGUAAAACAUCUUAACAAUUUUCUGAAAUAUUGGUCAUCAAAAACGUGUGUAGCCUACAAACCAAAAAUACGGUGGGAAAAUUUUUUUUAAAGAUAUGUUUCACUUCGGAGGAGGUAGUUGGCUGAAUUCUGGUCAUAAAGAAUCAGUGAAAAUCGUUUUUUUUUUUUUUUUUUUUUUUUUUUUUUUUUUUUUUUUUAAAUUCCUUACAAACCAUCUCAACCUUUUCAUUCUGAAAGCAGUGAUGACUUAAAUUUAGGUUUAUGUACCCCAAGGUUAAAAGCGGGUGAGUGCUCUUUAUUCCGAAAUGUUUUCCAUAGGUGCUUUCCACAGUGAGUGCGACGCCAUGACUUCCAAUGUAAUCUGAGUCUCCAACAAAUGAGAAUGAGAGAUUUUGGGGGAACAGUUUAGGAACAAGAUGGCUGGCCUGGGACAAGACAAGCGUCUUACUUCUUUCACAUAAACAAGGCAUUUCGAUGGAGUCGUCAGCUCAAUGUAUGUAGCUUAUUAACAACUUUAAACUACUUAGAAAAACAUUAGUUUUCAGCUGCUGGAUAGUUAGGAUUGAACAACGGAAACGCUUGAUUGUUUCUGAAACUAUUUGCAGAUUGCUUCACAUUCUCCCAAGGAAACAGUUUUACUUUGAUGAACUGUUGAUUCGAUACUAUGUAGUCUAACACAAAAUAUUUGCUUUUUUCAAUUUAGCCGGUUGAUUGUAACUUUUUAGAAUAGGAUGUAGAUAAAGUUCAUAAGAUUCCCAAACAGAUUCACUUUUAUUUGGCCCAAGAUCGUGUUUCUUUCUACCGUAAUGCGCGAAAUAUUUAGCCAGAUAUAAACAACACGUUUACCAGAGGUUUUGGUGUAGUUGACUGUAAAGUUUUGUAGAUGCCCUGCAGCAGACAAGGCAUUUAGUGCGACUGGACCAUGAGUUCAACCCGAGUCAGAUCCCAGCAAACACCGCAGACCCAAACUGCCAGGUUGCCGAACAGAUUUGACUCCAGUGAAGGGAUUGAGAUGGAGAACAUUCAGCAUCAAGACUUGGGUCUCGGAGGAGUUAUAGGCACCCCAUCCCCUCCGUCAAGACAGGCGUGGAGUCGGGAUAACCCGGGUUUCGAGCCUGAGGAUGAGAUCAUGGAGGCCGACUGGCCUCCAGCGAGUCCGGGGAGGAGGUCAGUGUCCACGGCCUCUAGCAGCAGCUGCAGCAGCGGCCUGGGUAGCUACACCGGCGGGGGCAGCAGCACCCACAUCCCCAGAGGUGGGCUCUAUCCCACCCCGACAGUGGAUGCACAGCAGCAGGACAGGCAUGAGCACCGCAGCUGUAUGAAGCAGCUACUCCAGAAAAUCAGAAUUCUCUGGGGCACAGAGCUGAUGGAAGACAGCGACAACAGUCGAGAAAGAUACCUCAGGAACAUACUGAGGGAGAUGUUGACCUAUAUCACAUUCCUCAUCACACUUUGCAUCUUGACCUAUGGGAUGGUGAGUUCCAACAUGUACUACUAUACCAAAGUCAUGUCUCAGCUUUUCCUGGACACACAGCUGUCUGCUGGGGACCCUUCCACUUUUAGAAGCCUGUCCACAAUGGAGGACUUCUGGAAGUUCACAGAGGGACCUUUUCUCACCGGCAUGUACUGGGAGGUGUGGUACAACAACAAGAGCCUGCCCGAGAAUCAGAGUCUCAUCUACUACGAAAACCUGCUGCUAGGGGUGCCUCGCCUCCGGCAGGUCAGAGUUCGCAAUGAGUCCUGCUCCAUCCAUGAAGACCUGAGAGACGAGGUUCAGGACUGCUACAGCAUGUACACUCCCAGCAACGAGGACACUGCCUCCUUUGGACCCAAGAACGGAACUGCCUGGAAAUAUACAGCAGAGGGUAAGCUAAAUGGGAGCAGUUAUUCGGGUCAGGUAUCUAAAUAUGGAGGUGGAGGAUACUACCAAGACCUGUCCCGUACAAAAGAGGAGUCGGCUAUCCAGCUGCGGUUUCUCAAAGACCAUCUGUGGCUGGACAGAGGCACCAGAGCUGUGUUCCUCGACUUCUCCGUCUACAACAGUAACAUCAACCUCUUUUGCAUCGCCAGGUUGUUAGUGGAGUUUCCAGCCACUGGUGGAGUGGUGACCUCCUGGCAGUUUCAAACGGUACGCCUGAUACGAUAUGUGUCCAGCUGGGACUACUUUGUUGGCAUGUGUGAGGUAGCGUUCUGCCUCUUCAUCCUGUACUACGUGGUGGAGGAGGUGCUGGAGAUCCGCAUCCAUCGCCUGCACUACUUCAAGAGCCUGUGGAACUCUCUAGACGUUCUCAUUGUUGUGUUGAGUGUUGUCGCUAUCAUCAUGAACGUCACCAGAACAGCCAUGGUUAGCAACCUUCUCAAAGGUCUAUUGGAGAACCACAAUACUCACCCCACCUUUGAGCCCCUGGCCAACCUCCAGGUCCAGUUCAACAAUGUGGCUGCAGUCAUUGUCUUCUUUUCCUGGAUCAAGCUUUUUAAGUUCAUCAACUUCAAUAAGACCAUGAGUCAGCUGUCCAGCACUAUGUCUCGCUGUGCCAAGGACCUUGUGGGAUUUGCCAUUAUGUUCUUCAUCAUCUUUCUGGCCUAUGCUCAGCUGGCCUACUUGGUGUUUGGAACCCAAGUCAAUGAUUUCAGCACUUUCCAAGCCAGCAUUUUUACCCAGUUCCGAAUCAUUCUGGGAGACUUUGAGUUCUCAGAGAUUGAGGAGGCCAACCCAGUGCUGGGGCCCAUCUACUUCACCACUUUUGUCUUCUUCAUUUUCUUCAUUCUCUUGAAUAUGUUCUUGGCCAUCAUCAAUGACACAUACUCUGAGGUGAAGGCAGAUAUGUCCCAGCAGAGGUCUGAGAUGGAGAUGACCGACCUCAUCAAAAAGGGUUGUAACAAGGCCUUGAUGAAGUUGAGGCUGAAGAAAACAGCAGUCGAUGACAUCUCAGACAGUUUGCGCCAGGCCAGAGGCAAACUGAACUUUGACGAACUCCGCCAGGACCUUAAAGGAAAGGGCCACACCGAUGCAGAAAUCCAGGCUAUCUUUGCUAAGUAUGAUCACGAUGGAGACCAGGAGCUGACGGAACAUGAACACCAACAAAUGAGAGACGACCUGGAGAAAGAGAGAGAGGACUUGGAUCUGGAACGCAACUCGCUGACUAGACCCAGCAGUGGGAGGAGCUUCCCUCGAACCCAGGACGACUCAGAGGAGGACGAUGAUGAAGAUAGUGGCCACAGUUCUCGUCGCCGUGGCAGCAGCUCAGGGGGCGUGUCCUAUGAGGAGUUUCAAGUGCUGGUGCGGCGUGUGGACAGGAUGGAGCACUCCAUUGGCAGCAUAGUGUCCAAGAUAGAUGCUGUGAUUGUGAAGCUGGAGGCCAUGGAGAGGGCCAAGCUUAAGAGGAGGGACGUGCUGGGCAGAUUGCUGGACGGAGUAAUGGAGGAUGAGAAGCUGGGCCGGGACACAGAUGGCCACAGGGAACAGAUGGAGAGGCUUGUGAGAGAGGAACUAGAGCGCUGGGAGUCCGAUGAUACCGUCUCACAGGUCAGCCACCCACAGCCAGCCACACCUGUUGGCCCGCGGCCCCGUCCCUCCUCCUCCCUGUCCACUGACGGCCUCGAUACAAGCGCAAACGGGAGUGGCCACAUGUGAAAACCUCCAGCUUUUCCAGUGAAGAACAUUCCAUUCUGGCAAAAAGCUCUGUCAGAAGUUUCCCUCUGCUGGUUUAAGUAACUCUCGCGGAAAUGCGAAAAGGGAUGACUCUUAAGGUUUGCAGGUUGUUUUCCCUGUUAGCUGUGGGACAAUUUUUGUAGCACGGCUCAGAUCUUUUUAUUUGUUUGUUUUAAUCCCUAGACAUGCUACAGUGAUGAAGUCAAGUGCACCACACCUCAAAUACUGAAAUGCACUGAAAGUGUACGAGUGAGGUUCACCCAAAAGACAUAUUGUCUAAAACUAUUCUAUAGUAUUACUUUCAUAAGAUGGUACAGUUUUUUUUCACACAGGCAGAAUGUGACACAUUUACAAAGCUACAAAGUAGAGAUUGUGUGGAAAAGACAGAAGAAUAAUGAAGGAUUUGAAGAAGUUUUUCCCAUCGAAGUAUUAGGUACAAUAAACUAUUCUCAAGCAUAUUCUGUUCAUUUGUAUUAAAAAUACACAGCAGAUGAUUAUAGUAUUACAUGAGAAAGAUGCUCAGUUGCUUUUGAUUAUUGUAUACAUCUUAGCAUGUCACCAAACAAGGCAUCUCUAUGAAUGUUUAUUUUGCUGCUUUUUGUCAUUAUAAUAUAGGUACAAGUGUGGCACAUUCUGUCAUAUUUACUCAUCUUCUGUGCAUCACUUAAACUUACAAAUAAAUACCUUAUCAAUUUAUGAUAUAUAUCGUAACUUGAAACAAACUUCAAUUUGGAGUGCAUCUAGUGUUCAUGGGAAACCCAUGCAUUUAUUGUUUUCCCUUGUAGGCCUACUGUGCCUUAUAUUUUGCAGUCUGAUUUUUUUAAAAAAAAAUCUAUGUUAUGCCA